AUGGAUUACAGUGGGCAGCUGCAGCCUCUGGUGGGCUCACAGAAGCAGUCUUGGAUGUUCUUCAGGGAGUAUCGUGCCAGGAGACUCUUCUCGAUGUUCACAGAAUGCCUCCAGCCCUCCAGCCGGGCAGAGAUCAUCCUCAUGGCCAUCGCGGCCAUGGAGCCCACAAGCGGCUACAAUGUCAGCGUGGCUGCCCACAUGGUCAGCAGCCUUGUGGUGGACUCUUCCUUCCUGCCAGGAACGGUGAGGAAGAUUGUGAGUGCCAUCUACAGAAAGCUGCCUUCCAUCAAGGCACUGGUAGCCCUCAAGAGCCUGGACAGAGCCCUGCUGGCGCUGAUGGACCAAGACCCCAGAGCGGUGGUGGCCACUCUCUUGCACUUCUCACAAAGGAGCAGCAGGUAUGGGCCUCAGCAGCCUUUGGGGCUUCUCUCCCACUGGCAGUGGGGCCCCGAGACCAUCCUGAGGGACUUCGGCCUGGCCACCCUUCACGGUGUCCCUGCUGACAGAGCCCUGUGUCCCUUCAGGGCUGCCAGCACUAUGUGGAACGUGGUGCUCUCCAAGCCCCAGACCAGGGAGAAGGUGCUGCAGGAGCUGGUCAGAGUGAUGAUGGACAGGUCGCAGCGCAAGACCUGCAUCGAGACCGACCCACGCCUCUUCUGCAUGGCUGCCAUCAAGAUCGUAGGCAAGAUUGUCCUGCAGCCCACCUGCCAGCAGGAGGUGAAGGCAAUUUUCCCCCAGCUUUUCCUGGCACUGCUUUUCCAAGUGUCAUUCACCACUGAGCUGAUGCCUGCGGAGGUGCUGAUGUGGUGGGACAACCAACAGGAGCAGUGCACUCCUAUCAGGUCUGCCGUGCAGUCCAUGAGAGUGCUGCUCUGCAGCAUGGGCUUGGAGAGCCAGGUGCUGGCCAUCCAGGAACAGGGGGGCUGGGACGCCCUGCUCAGAGCCAAGACCCACCUCAUGGGAGUGCGCAUCGUGGCCAGGGAGAUGAUGGAGAUGCCAACGCUCCUGCGCUCCACCUUCUUCUGCCAGCUGGCAGAGAUCCUCAGCGGGAAGGACCCGAGCUGUGAGAUGAUUGCCAUGGUCUUCUUCAUUGAGACAGUGGAGUGCUCUGACUGUGAGGAGGAGCUGCAACGUGCCCUGAAAAUCCUGGCCAUGUAUCUGCAGAGCCAGUGCCUGGGGAUGCCCAGCCUGGUGCUCAGAGCCAUCCUCAGGCUCACCCAGAGGCCCGACACAGCAAGGAAAACCCUCGUCCUGCUGCCACUCGUCCUGGAGCGGCUGCGGGAUGACGACGGCGCCAGCAGCGCCGCAGCCCUGCCCGUGCUCGCCGCCAUGCUGCGGCUGCUUGAGGGGAGGAGGCUCAACCUCGCCGCCCUGGAGCUGGCUGACAAGCUCUGGCCCCUCUUUGGCAACGAGUCGGACACUGUGCGGGAGCUCUCCAUCCGUCUCUUCCGAGAUGCGAUGAGGCUCGUGGCGCGCCAAGGGAAGGAAAAGAUGAAGAAGGUGGUGUGCAACAGCCUGCUGCCACUGCUCUUCCACCUGCACGACGAGAGCAAGAGUGUGGCCCAGCAUCAGUCCCCAACCGGUGCAUCUUCCCCAGAUGGCCCAGGACAGGCGGCUCUGAGCCCUGCCAAGAGAGGGGGCACCGGGUCCUGUGCCCCUACUAAUGGUGGUGGCAUCUCUGCUGCUCUCCAGGCCUCCCAGGAAGCUCUCCGCAGCGCUGGCCACUUCCUGAACUGGAGGAGGCUGGCACAGCUGGCUGGGACUCAGCAGGCAUGGAGCAUCCGCGAGCGCUUGCUGUCCAAGAACAGGAGCAGGGCCAAGGACUACCUGCACCAGAGCCAGAGCUACCUGCGGAACCCUCAGGAGGCCCUGCGGCUGGAGGCUGUGAGGUUCAUUGGCCUCAUCGGAAGACUGAUGGAUGAACGGGAGGACAUGGAGCAUGUCAGAGAGGUCCUUGAAGAUGCGAGGACAGAUGACAGCCCCCUGGUCUCCUCCCUGCUGACUCAGACCAUCCUUAUCCUUGGACAAAGAAGGGCCAUCAAGAUCGUAGGCAAGAUCGUCCUGCAGCCCGCCUGCCAGCAGGAGUGGCUGCUGCAGGAGGAGCCCAUUGACUGCCUGGACACCGCGGUGCGGCAGCAAGCCAUGCUGGCCAUGGCCACCAUGAGUAGAGCCAGGCUGCUUCAGCAAGACAAGUACAGCAUCCUGCAGGCCUGCUUCAAGAGCGUCUUCAGCCUGCCUCCACAGCACAGCCGGGGCUCUGCGGCUUUCCUCUACUCCAAGACCCUGUCUGCGAUGGACAGCAUGUUGCAGGCACUGGUCUGCAGCGCUGGCACCCUUGGCGGCGUGGAGCUGCAGAACAUCUUGAAGGUGCUGCUGCCCUACACCUGUUCCCAGCUGCCAGAGGUGCAGAAGAGAGCCAUGGCACAGAUUGCUAGGCUGCUCAACUUCAUCAACAACUCCUCAGGGCUGGAGAUCUGCCCCUGUUUUGCUCAGAGGAAGAUCCUCAGACACGAGUGCCCCAAGAUCCAGAAGUUUGGUCUGCUGGGGAAGCUGGUGGGGCAGCUCACCCUCUCCUGCACCUGCAAGGACAAGGAGACCUCCUGCGAGGCUGCAGAAGCUCUCUAUGAACUGCACAUCUUCGUCCUGCAGCAGACAAGCAAGGUGGAGUGGAUGGAUUACAGUGGGCAGCUGCAGCCUCUGGUGGGCUCACAGAAGCAGUCUUGGAUGUUCUUCAGGGAGAAUCGUGCCAGGAGACUCUUCUCGGACCCUGAGCCCUGCCAUGAAGAUGGUGGCGACAAGAAAGAGAAGAAGGAAGAGGACACUUCUGAAGCCUUCAGAUCCACGUUGGAAGCCCUGAAAACCGCUUUCUGGCAGAAUUUCCCACCCCCCCCACUGAAUAAAUUUGUGUUAAGAGACCUUGAAGAUCCUGCAGUCUAA